UUCAUUCGCGCAUUCACGUCGCGACUGUCAGAGAUGACAGUUUAGUGGGACAUUUUCGAAUAAUUGGCCUUUGUAUUUCGUGGAAACAACUUUUUUUUUUUCAAAGAAAGCGAAAGUUCGUAACAAAUUAUUGAGUUUGUUCCCGUAAUUUUUGGUGUAUUGUUUGUGUAUCAUAAAGUGUUAAUAGAAGAUUUUUUAACAGCUGUUUGUGAGAAAACAAUGGCGGAUACUUAAACCAGCAAAGAAUUACUUAAACCAAGUACUUAAUGUGAAAUUCCAGUGAUAUAUUUAUACAUAGUGCCAAUAAUUGUACAAAUAAAUUGUAAGCGAAAACGAUGGAUCCCGGCUACUUCGAUAUAGAGCGGGAACAGAACCCUAGGGAGAAGGCAAAUAUAUUCUCUAAGUUCUGUUACUGGUAUACUGUCCCCAUCUUCGUGAAGGGACGAAAAGGGCAGCUUAGUAUAUCAGAUCUUUACAGAUGUACCCCGGGGCACCGAGCAGCGCCCCGCGGCGAUACCAUCGGUCGAAAAUGGAAGCAGGACCUACUUAAAAAAGAUAAAGGGAAGAAUCCGUCGUUACUUCGAGCCAUUAUUAGUAUAUACGGUGCUAAGUUCUUAAUAGGAAAUAUUAUUUUUGCCUUCUGCGACUCGUUUAUCAAAUUAGCAAUACCAAUGUGUCUAGAAGGUCUGAUAAACUACUUCUCGCCGGCGCACGGCGGGGUGCCGGUCACACACGCGUAUCUUUACGCUCUCGGCGUCGUUGGCUUCAUGGUAAUGAGCGCCAGUAUCAUGCACCCGAUGCUGCUGUGGCUUCUGGACACGGCGAUGAAGAUCAGGGUCGCAUGCUGCUCACUCAUCUAUAGGAAGCUCCUCCGCUUGGAUCUGACGGUGGGUGGCAAGGCGUCCGAGGGUCUCGCUGGCCACGUGGUGAACCUGCUCACGACCGACGCGCAGCGGUUCGACAUGGCGUGCCUGUUUAUGGUGGACCUCGUGCGCACGCCCAUCGAGAGCACCAUCAUUGUGUACCUUAUGUACAGGCAGAUAGGGGUAGCCACGCUUAUUGGAGUCGCUUUCCUGCUGUCUUUCAUACCUCUGCAAGGUUAUCUAAGUAAAAUAUCGAGCAAGCUCCGCAGACAGACUGCCAUAAGGACGGACAACCGUAUCCGGCUGAUGAACGAGGUCAUACAGAGCAUUGAGGCUAUAAAGAUGUACGCGUGGGAGACGGCGUUCGCAAGGAUCAUCGGCGAGGCUAGGAAAAAGGAAAUGAACGUAAUAAAAAAAUCGUCAUGGCUGCGAGCGGUGAUGAUAUCGUGCGUGAAGCUGAACACCAAAGUGGCCAUCCUGCUCAGCAUCGUGAGCUACAUAUCCUUCGGGAACGCCCUCACCGCCGCCAAAGUGUUCGUCAUAUUCUCUUACUACGACAUACUGAAGUAUACCCUGGUCGACUUCCUUCCCCUGGCGAUAACGUUCACGCUGGAGGCGUAUGUGAGCAUCAAGAGGAUGCAGGAGUUCCUGCUGCUGCCCGAAGUGGAUGAUGACGGAGUGGACCUGGUGACCAUUGAUGAUAAGACGCCGGUGAUGAAUGGUGUCUUCGAGAAGAUCGGUAAUGGGCAACAAGCGUACAUAAAGUCGGAAUCGAACCUGGAGCGCAUGAAGCCGCCGGUCCUCAUCGCCAUGAAGGACUACAGCGCGCACUGGAAGAACGCCGAGGACAGCGGACAAAUAGCCGCGCUCUCCGACAUCAACUUUACUGUAAAACCAGAAUCUCUAACAACAAUAGUGGGCACGGUGGGGUCCGGCAAGUCCACACUCCUCCAGGCGAUACUGCGCGAGAUAUCGCCCAGCAGUGGGCAUCUGCAGGUGGACGGCGUCGUGGCGUACGCGGCGCAGGACCCCUGGCUUUUCGAGGCUUCGGUACGUCAAAACAUAUUAUUUGGCCAAGAGAUGGACUUGCGCAGGUACAAGCAAGUAAUCAAGUGCUGCCAACUGAAGAGCGACCUUGACAUCCUGUCGCACGGUGAUAAGACCAUAGUGGGGGAAAGAGGCGCGUCCCUGUCUGGAGGUCAGAGGGCCAGGAUAUCGCUGGCUCGCUGCGUUUAUCAGAUCGCAGAUGUGUAUUUACUGGACGACCCCCUGGCUGCGGUCGAUGCUAAGGUGGCGCAGGCGAUCUACGAGGAGUGCAUCCGCGGGUUCCUGCGCGACAAGGCCACCGUGCUCGUCACCCACCACGUGCAGUACGCGCGCCACAGCGACAACGUCUGCGUCAUGCGCCACGGCCGGAUAGUAGCUCAAGGCACGUACAACGAGCUCAAGAAUGGCGUGGCGGAGUUCGAGAAACUGAUAGAGAUGGGUGAGAAAGUGGAAGAAGAGAAGAUGAAGCAGAAGGCCGCCUCGUACGAGAACCAGGAGGCUAUUGAACACAGUUACAAACUGAGAUCCCAAAGGUCCAUGUCGGAGGCGUCGCAGCUCUCAUUCAAUCUAGAUUUAGACAACAACUUGGACCCUAAAUACGAAGGUGAGAAUCAGAACAAAGGUUCGGUAGAUAACAGCGUGUACAUGGCGUACAUCCGGAGCGGUGGCAACAAGUGGUCCAUGGCCAUGCUGUUCGCGCUGUUCAUGUUGGCGCAGAUAUUCUACUCUUCCACCGACAUCUGGCUGAAGGAAUGGGUGGACCUCGAGGAAGCUAACGGAGCGGCAAUCAUAGAAAAAACUAACAGCACACCCGCAGCACCGCCGCCAGUGGUGAUAUUCGAGGAGCUGCCGACGAACCGUUUCCACUUGACCCGCGAGCAAUGUCUGUACAUAUACGGCGGGCUGAUCGGCGUCUGUAUAUUCUUCACGUGGAACAAGCUGGUCGUGUUCUACAACACCUGCAUCAAGGCCUCGAUCACGCUGCACGACACCAUGUUCAGGGGCGUGACGAACGCGCCGAUGUGGUUCUUCCACCACAACCCGUCGGGGCGGAUCCUCAACCGGUUCUCGAAGGACAUGGGCCAGGUCGACACGCUGCUGCCCAUCGCGCUGGUCGACUGUCUCGGGUUCUUUCUGGAGGUGAUAGCGAUCCUGGUGGUGGUGUGCCUGGUGAACUGGUGGCUGAUCCUGCCGACGGGCGUGGUGGCGGCGCUGCUGAUGCUGCUGCGAGCGCUAUUCCUCGCCACCAGCAGGGACCUCAAACGGAUAGAAGCUAUAGCUCGCAGCCAGUCCUUGAACCAUCUAUCUGCGACGGUGAACGGUCUGACUACCAUCAGGUCGACGCGCCACCACCAGCGCACGUUGGCGCGCGAGUUCGACAAGCUGCAGGACCUGCACAGCUCCUCGUGGACCCUCGUGCUGAACACUAACAGAGCGUUCGGUUUGUGGAUGGACAUGAUAUGCUGCAUGUAUUUAGCGCUGGUCACGUUCAGCUUUUUCGUCUUCGCCAGCGAAGACACGUUCGGCGGUAAGGUGGGGCUGGCCAUCACGCAGGUGAUCGGGCUGGUGGGCAUGUGCCAGUACGGCAUGCGGCAGACCGCCGAGGUCGAGAACCAGAUGACAUCGGUGGAAAGAAUAUUGGAAUAUAAGAACCUGCCCGCGGAGUCUCCCGUCGACGUGGACGAGGCCGCUUUGAAGAAGCACCGUCCCGGACUUGACUUCGACAAGUGGCCCGCUAAAGGAGAGAUAGUCUUCCAAGAUGUGUCAUUGGAAUACGAGAGACCGCCCAAGAGAGAUGGAGAGCCCCCGAAGAUCGAGGAGCCUGUGUACGCCAUCCGCGGAGUCAACUUCACCAUCAGGCCGGCGGAGAAGGUCGCCGUGGUGGGCAGGACCGGCGCCGGCAAGAGUUCAUUGAUUAAUGCCUUAUUUCAGCUGAGCCGCACGUCGGGCUCGAUCACGGUGGACGGCGUGUGCGCGGGGUGGGCGGGGCUGCGGCGCUGGCGCGCGCGGCUGUGCGCGCUGCCGCAGCGGCCCGCGCUGUUCGCCGCCACGCUGCGCGACAACCUCGACCCCGAGCACGCCUACUCCGACGCGCAGAUAUUCGCGGCUCUCGACCAGGUGGAGUUGCGCGACAUGGUGAGCAACAUGCCGGCGGGGCUGAGCACGAAGGUGGGCGACGGCGGCGGCAGCCUGUCGGCGGGGCAGCGCCAGCUCGUGUGCCUGGCGCGGGCGGCGCUGGCCGGCUCCAACGUGCUCAUACUCGACGAGGCCACCGCCAACGUCGACACCGAGACGGACAAGCACAUCCAGCAGACGAUCCGGCGCCGGUUCGCGAACGCCACCGUCCUCACCAUCGCGCAUCGACUCAACACAGUUAUGGACUACGACAGAGUCAUCGUCAUGGACAAGGGUCGUGUGGUGGAGUCAGGACAUCCCUACGAGCUGCUGACGCAAACCAACGCGUUGCAGAACAAGGCAGAAUUACCGCCGAGACGAGCUCUACUGUCUAAGAGCCAGGCGCCGCUAGCGAUACCGGAGAACUUCCCGUUCGACCCAACGUCCGGCGAGCGGCUCGACGAACAGAACGAGACGCUGCUGCUGUCCAGCAACAGGAUACGGACAUACUCUAACAGAUCGGAAUCGUACGAGCAAGAAGGCGUGGGUAUAUUCAAGACCCUGGUCGAGCAAACGGGUCGGGAGACCGCCGCCAUGCUGUACCAGAUGGCUGAAGAAAGUUACAAACGCAUGCAGGAAAGAAAAAAGAAUACUUAAAUAAAACAAGUUGGAACAAAACAUUCCUUCAUAGAAGGCUUUAAUUUAUUCACAGUAUUGCCUUAUUGUAAACCAAACAGUUGGCACAGUUGAUAGACAUUUUGUCGGACGGCUGACGGGCGUUUUGUCUAAAGUCUGCCUGAACUCAAAGUCUGAUCUCUGCUCCGGAGAAAAUCCGGGAUUACAGCUAUCAAUCUUUAUAGACUGCUUCAAAUUAAUGGGACAUAAUUGUUGUCAGGAACAACAUGGUAAUAUUGAGACGUAAAAUGCCAGACAAGUGACUAACUUCACGCUGAUCAUUGGUGAGAGUCUUCGUUGUGAAGUGUCUUGCUGUUGACCAGUGAAAAAAUUGAGACCCGUGUUCUUGCCUUUCCCAAAAUGUCGUCUGCUAACUUGUUUGGUAUUACUCGCCUUAAUAGUUGUGUUGCAUUCCCAAAGGCGAUCACGAUCGAGCUUAAAAAAAAUCAAUCAGUGCCUUACAGUUAAAAAUAUUAUAGAUUUCUAUUUAUUGAGAGUUCAUUGGCGCAUCUUAUAUUUAUUGUGCCCUGAAAUUUCGAGAAUUAUUUAGAAGAAAAAAAAAUUUGCGAUGUUUAAUAUUGUGAAUGCACCGAAUAACACAUUGUUUUUUUUUUUAAUUAUUGGCGUUGCAGUCAGACUGGCUGUGAGACUAAUUCUAUACGAAUUAAAGUCAACAUUACGCCGUUUCACAUACAUGUGAAAUUAGCAUAAAAUCUACUCGGUAUUUAUUCGUCAUGCUAUUUUCAGCCAUCUGCUUAAUCAUUUACGGUUCAGUUCCAAAUUAUAGGAUAAUCUUGUACUGAACCUACCUCAAUUUAAUUGUAUGCUAAUUGUGGUAUAUUUCUGAUUUAUUUUAUCUACACAUGUAAAUAUUAGUCAAUUGCAGAACUUAUACACGUCACGUAGAGUAGCAACACGUAUGUGGAAUAUGAAUUUAUCGAUGAAUGUAUUUCAUCGACUAGGGGUUGGCGUAACUAGUGAGUAAAAUUCCAUAUUUUUGUGUUUGUGUACUUACUAGUUUUAGCUAAGAAAGUGAUGUUUUGAGGUACGGGUAGACGAUGUGAUUCGAGGAAAUAUCUUAAUAAUUAUGUCUUCAAUACAUUCUAGUACUAUCGAUAUUUUAUCGUCAGAGAUGAUUACACUUGUUCUCAUCUCUCCUAUAAAAGCUAAUAAAGCUGGCUUCAAGCGACUAUGCCACUAGACGUUACUUUCUUAUACCUUCUUUCCUCAAUCAAUCGCUAGUUACGCCAGCAUCAUCAAGUGAAUUGUGAUAAACAUUAUGAUAAUGUGUUACCAGUAUUUUUGUUUCUACAUUUUUGUAUUAAAAUUAUUUAUUGGAUAGUCUAAAACUUUUAGAUCAUUUUUAUGUAAAUGCGUUUUUUCUUUAAUUUACUCUGUCUGAAUACAAAAAAAUUAUAAUUAUAAAAAAAUAACCAUAAGAAACCAAAAAUCAUUGGAUAUUACCAAUGAUUAUUUGCAUUUUUUAAUGUUAAUAUCUGUGAAUGAAUAAAUAAAUAUUUUAAUUAUAUUUUCGAUUAAAAACGCCUUUUCCAUCGCAGUGAUAAGAAAUGAGACGCAUUUGUCGACGGUGCUAUCGAUUUGUACGUCACUACAAAUCAUAUUUUCUACAGGCAUUUGUAACAAUUCCAAAUAGGCGAAUUUAUGUUAUAAAUAAAAUACAAUUUACUGAA